AUGCAGGAUGCGUAUGUCGACGACCCGCUUGGUCGAAAAAUUCUGGCGGCGCCAGAUAAACACGCCAGAUUCCGCGUCCGCGACGGCUUCAUCUGGACAAAGAAUGGGGCGAAGGAGUGGGUGGCGUACGUACCCAAAGGGCGGUACGUCGACAAGACCCUGCGGCAGUUGGUCAUAGAGCAGGCCCAUCAGACCGUGGGCCAUUUCGGGCCACAGAAGACCGGCGACUAUAUUCGCCGAUGGUAUUGGUGG